UAAGGGUAUCAAGAAAUGUUUACUUCAAUGCAAUUGGAUAUUACCCAGGAAACUAUUCUUGGUAUUUCUGUCUAACGUUUGAUUUAAAAAUACACAAUGGGACAGACAACCUCAACCUCAGCAUUUGGUCGACUUUUGAUGUUAAAGGCAAGAUAAGGUGUUUCAAGAGCAAAAGACAAAGAAGAUCCUCAUCUGGAAUUACCCAUUCUAAACACAAAGCAACUCUCUGCCUCAUUUGUGCUUUAGAUAAGGAAAGCUCAAACAAAUAUGACUUUGUAAGUUGAAGUGGGAAAUUACAGAAGGCUGAUGAAAGCUGAUGGAAACAUGCAAGCAAUCAAGAAAGAGCAAUCUUCCGAUGGCUCCUGCCAUGAGGAGGAUGUGAUGAGUAUUGCAGAGGGCCCGCAGGACUCAGAGACCGAGAUGAUGGAGCAGAAACUGCAGAAUGUUGCCUUCAAGGCCAAAAGCUCCACCUGCCGCAGGAAAAGAGAGUUCAUUCCGGAUGAAAAGAAGGAUGACCUGUACUGGGAGAGGCGGCGGAAAAACAACGAGGCGGCCAAGAGGUCGCGGGAGAAGCGCAGACUCAACGACAUGGUCUUGGAGAACAAGCUGAUGGUCCUGGGGGAGGAGAACGCCAACCUCAAGGCCGAGCUGCUCUCGCUGAAGCUGAGAUUUGGCCUGGUAAGCUCCUCGGCUUAUGCCCAGGAAGUGCAGAAGAUCUCCAGCUCUUCGACGGCCCUUUACCAAGACCUGACCUCUCCCGGCGCCAGCCAUGCUUCCCUCUUCAGGGAUUCUGAGGCCUCUCGGUUAGGAGGUGGCUGCAUUUCCGUCAUCAAGCACUCGCCGCACAGCACCCGCUCCGAUGUGUCCGAGGCCUCCGCAGUGGCCCGCGACCGCGCCUGCAGAACCCCAGAGGUCAUCAAGCAGGAGCUGGUGGACAGUGGCAGCUACCCUGGCGAGGUGAGGGAGGGGAGCAGUCCGUAUGAACUGUACCCAAACUACGUGGCCAACCCUUUCUCGGCGAGCUCCUCCCAGCCGUCCCCGAUUUUGCCAAACACGAGUUCGUCCAGCAACUCCCCCAGAACCUUGGAUGGGGAUGAAGGGGUCACCAGCAAGUCGUCAGACGGGGAAGAUGAACAACGGGUCCCAAAAGGUCCCGUGCCCUCUCUCCUUGACCCAAAAGGUGUCAUCAUCUCCACCACCAAGGUGCCAGACAUCAGCUCCUCUGCCUUGCCCCACAAACUCAGGAUCAAAGCCAAAGCCGUCCAGAUCAAAGUAGAAGCCAUUGAUCCUGACUAUGACACACCAGGGAGGCCUUUCACCCAUGUGGACAUGUCAGUAAAAGGUUACCAAGCGGCCCAACCUGCAGAGUCAGAUGUGAUUCGGUCCCCUCGUUGCCCGUUGUCGCUCCAGGUCACAAACACCCAAGACUGGGCUCAGCCUGAGCACUGGCACACAGAACGCCCAGAGACACUACAGAGCGGUUACAAGAGCAGGCUGUGUCCCGGUUCACCCGGCCCAUUGACAGACAAGCUCAAAGAAAGCUCUUUCGCUGAUUCCAAGUCAGAGAACUUGUAUCUGAAGCAAGGUAUUGCUGAGCUGUCAGCAGAAGUAGCAUCACUGAAGAGACUGAUUACGAAUGGGCAAGUUUCUGUGGUGGAGCUGAGCAAAGACACUGCUGAACAUAGCUUGCUUUCAAGAGGAUGUUAUGGAAAAUGAGUCCUCCGAGUUUGUACAAUGCCUGGUUUCCUCUGCAGCUGUGUUUGUUGUUGCACUGUACGGUUUAUGUAACGUCAAGGUAAAGCAGUUUGCUCAAAUGGAUGGUGUGCUGUGCACGUGCUGUUGUAGCCGUUGUGUCUUGAUUACUCCAUCUGCACCGCCUAGCAGCCAA